UGGGUCUGGAUUUGGGGAAAAUAGGAAUUUGACAGCACUCUCCGGGGCUGCAGCAGUAACCCGUCUCCCAGCUCGGGCAUUGCGCGGAACAGAUGCGUUUGAAUGAAGGGAGCCGGGAACCCACGGGAUGGUGUCAGUGAGCUGAGGAAACGCUUCAGAGAGUGAAACCCGUCAUGUCGUUUUUCAAGAGGAAAGCCAAAAGCAAAGAACCUGAGAGAGUGACAGAUGCUAAAGUCAACAGAGGUCCGGUUAACCCUCACUCUCCGUCACUAGGACUGAGGAACCACCAUGCCAUCCAGGAAGCCGCAGGGCCCAGCCAUGUGGCCAUCAACGCUAUCUCGGCCAACAUGGACUCCUUCGCUCGCGGCCGCACCGCUAUCCUCAAGAAGCAGCCGAGCCACAUGGAGGCUGCACACUUCGGCGAUCUCGGUCACUCCAGUGUAAACUAUCAGCCCCAGGAGACUCGCUCUCGGCUGUCCAAGACAGUUGACCAAGUCCUUCGGGACAAUGUGGCGAUGCCCCACUACAUGCAUUACAUGGAACUACAGGGAGCCGACCACCUGGUUCGGUUCUGGUUGGAGGCUGAGAGUUUCCGUGCUACUAGCUGGUCGCGCGUCCGAGCACACAGCCUCAAUUCCGUCAAACACAGCUCCUUGGCCGAGCCCGUCCCCGCCUCUGAAGGGGGCUCGGAGCUCCCGGGGCUCGCUCAACACACACCCAACGCUCUCAGCCGGGACAGUAGCAUUGAAGGCCGCACGGUGCAGUUGGAGCAGCGGGACUCCUGCAGCACAGAAGCAGGCCUGAGACCCGGCACUCCUCGAGCAGGAACUCCUAACAGGCAGCCUCCCUCUAGGACAGGGACUCCCUACAAGGCGCAGUCAAAUAGCACCCUGCGAGACCUCUCGGACAAACUCAUGAAAAGUAUAGAGAAAGACGCAGUUACCAUCUUCACCAAAUACAUCUCUCCAGACGCUGUGAGGCCGAUCCCCAUCACAGAACAGAUUAGAAACGAUAUAGUUGCUAAGAUAUGUGGAGAGGACGGCAUGGUGGAUCCAAACUGCUUUGUCAUUGCACAGGCUGUCGCCUUCACUAUCAUGGAGCAACAGCACUUCAGUGAAUUCCUGCGGAGCCAUCAUUUCUGUAAAUACCAGAUUGAAGUGUUGACUAGUGGCUCCGUGUUCCUGGCUGAUAUCUUGUUCUGUGAGUCAGCUCUCUUCUACUUCUCUGAGUACAUGGAAAAGGAGGAGGCGAUGAAUGUAUUGCAAUUUUGGCUGGCCGCAGACAAUUUCCAGAACCAGCUUGCUGCUAAAAAGGGCCAGUAUGAUGGUCAGGAGGCCCAAAAUGAUGCCAUGAUCUUAUAUGACAAGUAUUUCUCACUCCAGGCCACCAACCCUCUGGGCUUUGGCGACUCUGUUCGGAUGGAGAUAGAGUCGAAUAUCUGCAGAGAGGGAGGCCCUCUCCCCGACUGUUUCACCACUCCACUGAGACAGGCCUGGACAACCAUGGAGAAGGUCUACAUGCCGGGCUUCCUGUCUAGUAACCUUUACUACAAAUACCUGAGUGACCUCAUCAACUCAGUGCGUGCGGAUGAGUUUGUAAAUGUCAGCACUCCAGGUCAGGGCGGGCCUGUGGACAAUGACCGUCCAAGUUCAAAUGCCAGCGAGGUCUCUCAAACUCAGCAUGGUGUUAAAAAGGCAGCGAUAAAGAUCCUGAAAAAUUUUGACGAGGCGAUAACGGUGGACGUCGCCAGUCUGGACCCUGAGUCCUUGUAUCAGCGGCCAUAUGCUGGAAGGAUGACGUUUGGGAAGGUGAAUGAGCUGGGCCAGUUUAUCAGGGAGGCAGAGCCAGAGCCGGAUGUGAAGAAAUCCAAAGGUUCCAUGUUUUCUCAAGCAAUGAAGAAGUGGGUCCAAGGCAACUCGGACGAGGCUCAGGAGGAGAUGGCGUGGCAGAUUGCCAAGAUGAUCGUCAACGAUGUCGUUCACCAGUCAAACCACGACAGCCCUGGCAAGUCCACCAAGUUAUGACCCCACUGAGGAACCAAAGGAGCGUCACUCCCUGCAGACGCUGGCCAAGCCUGUGACAAACUGUACACAGGGUUCACCCCACAAUGAACUGCAUUACUCUAAGAAAGAACAAGGCAUUUUAUCAACCCCCCCCCCCCACCCCAACCAUCAUGUGUCUGUGUGUGUGUGUGUGUGUGUGUAUGUGUGACUGUGAGCCUGGGUGUGUGAUUGUUAGCGCAUGGGCUUAUGGAAAACUUGAAGUACAUCAUUGUUCCAAUCUUCCAACUCCAUAACACUAUAAAGGUACAUGUGUUGUCGCCUAAAGUAAAGCAAAUUAAUGCGCUUGAAUCAUCUUGAAGAAGUCACUCCUGAGGAAGGAAACAUCGGACAUGACGUUGGCACGAAGAAACAGCAUGUCAGUAAAGACCAUAGCUGCGCUGCUGUAGCCAUACUGUUGAAAAAUGUCUUAUCUCGGACCUAUGGAGGCUGUCACAAAGACUGAAUUACCCUCUCCACACAUUUUAUAACCAUUCCUUGUUUUUAGAUGAAAUUCUCUAAAGGGUCAGCCACUUAAGGCAUAAGCAGAUGAAGAUCAUUGGUUUGGAGUGUCGUACAGUUUUUGCAUAUGCUUCCCUCAUGCCUGGAUUUGUUUUGCCUGCUAUUCACUGAUGUAAGCUGUCCUACUUUGGGCAUUUACGUACUGUAAAGCCUCUGCAAAUAUGACAAUGAACCAGAGAAGGAUCUGACUCAGUUGUUGGACUGGCUGACCUGUAGGAACCUCCUGGCACCUUUUACCGAGCUUAGAAGAAGAAGAAAAUACUCCCUAAUGAACCGAACUGCUCCAAUUGUGAUGGAAAUCUCCAAACUCCAUGUUCUAUAUAUAUAUAUAUAUAUAUAUAUGUAUAUGUAUAUGUAUAUGUAGAUUUCUGGUUUAUCCCAUAUAUUAAUGUUAGUCCUUUUUUAAUGGUGUUUUUUUUGUAUGCAUCACUGAAACAAAAGUUAGUGAUGACUGGACUGUUCAACUGGAAAGUGUGCUCAGUGAAUUAAACUUCUUUUUUAAUUUCUUUUGAGCCUUACCAUGAUGUGGAAAAGAACCAGAAAAGAGUCUUGGUACUAUGUACCACUAAUGUUUUCUGACA